AUGUUAGGUGACAACAAAAGGGAAUGGGACUCAAAGUUGUAUUUGGCAGUAUGGGUAGAUAGGGUAACAAUCAAGAAGUCCAUAGGGUUUUCUGCUUAUCAACUUGUUUAUGGAAAAGAAGCAAGGUUGCCUCUGAACAACCUGCACCUGGUGUAUAAAUUUGUUUCAGAGAGAUAUCUAGAAGAAGUUAAUUUCAUGGAAAAUGGGCUAGUCCAGUUGGCUGAAUUGGAUGAGUACAGAAGAGAGGCUCAAGAACAAAAUAUACAGAGGCAAAAAAUGGUAAAGGCAUUGCAUGAUAAGAAAGCUUGUGACAUAACUUUUAAAAAAGGAGAGUGGGUGCUCAAGUGGAAUUCAAAGGACCAGGACAAGGGCAAGCAUGAAAAGUUUGAAGCACUCUGGCUAGGACCAUACAUCGUCAUAAAUAAAGGAGGAGAAAAUUCAUACUUUUUGCAAAACACUGAUGGUGAAAUUCAGGAGUUUCCAGUCCAUGCACAAUAUCUCAAACAUUUAUUCUCUUAA